GCAAUUCCAUGCCAAUUCCAUGCAUUCGUGGGGUUUAAGGCUGUGCUCUAUUGUCUGUGGAUUGCGCUGCCUCUUUAAAAUCAGAAAUGCAUGGACAGCUUCAAGGUGCCUCCCACUGAGCAAAGGCUUUGGAUGCAAGCACAGAGGCAGCAGAGCCAUCCUCCCCUGAGCACAGGGCAAACCUGCCUGGGAGAGAAAUGAGCACUCAGCAGAGUCCUCCGGCUGCUUCCAGCUAUCCUUUCUCUGCUCUGGUGACAGCAGCACAGGUGCAGGGGAGAAACCUGGAGGCUUUCCCCAGGGUGCCUGAGACCUCCAAGAAGAUGAGAGCAACUGCAGGAGGAGAUGAAUGAGGCUGUUGCUCAAUAGUCUUCCAGGGACAAAGACAAGGUGACUCACUGCUCAGAAGGAAACCUUGGAUGAGGUCUCAUGCCCUGCCACAGUGGGUAACUCUAACACAACACCAAGGGCCCUCCAAGACACACGUGACACAAGAUGGCCAUGGAUCGAGCUGAAUGUAACCCAAACGCCUCCACCCACGUCAGCUCUGCUGCAAUUUACAACCUCCACGAUGGGGAUUUCACCUCCUUGAGGAACUUCUCCUUCCCUUUCAAUUUCACUUACAGUGACUACGACCUGCCCCUGGACAGCGAAGACGACAUGACCAAAACUCGCACCUUCUUUGCGGCCAAGAUCGUGAUUGGGGUGGCCCUGGUUGGCAUGAUGCUGGUCUGCGGCAUCGGCAACCUCAUCUUCAUCGGUGCCCUCAUCCGCUACAAGAAGCUGCGGAACCUCACCAACCUGCUGAUUGCCAACCUGGCAAUCUCGGACUUCAUCGUGGCCAUCGUGUGCUGCCCCUUCGAGAUGGACUACUACGUGGUGCGGCAGCUGUCCUGGGAGCACGGCCACAUCCUCUGCGCCUUGGUCAACUACCUACGGACUGUCUCCCUUUAUGUUUCCACCAAUGCUCUCCUGGCUAUAGCUGUUGACAGGUAUCUGGCCAUUGUUCAUCCCCUAAAACCACGCAUGAAUUACCAAACAGCAACCUGCCUCAUCGCCUCGGUCUGGAUUGUUUCCAUACUUGUAGCUAUCCCAUCUGCAUACUUUGCUACUGAAACGGUAUUAUUUAUAGUGAAAAACCAGGAGAAAAUUUUCUGUGGCCAAAUUUGGCCUGUUGACCAGCAAAUAUACUACAAAUCGUACUUCCUCUUCAUCUUUGGCAUUGAAUUCGUGGCACCUGUGAUCACAAUGACUUUGUGUUAUGCUAGGAUCUCUCAGGAGCUUUGGUUUAAAGCCGUCCCAGGAUUCCAGACAGAACAGAUCCGAAAGAGGCUUCGAUGCAGAAGGAAAACUGUUAUGGUCCUGAUGUGCAUCCUGACUGCCUAUGUUCUCUGCUGGGCACCUUUCUAUGGCUUCGCAAUUGUCCGGGACUUCUUCCCCACCAUCAUCGUGAAAGAGAAGCAUUAUCUCACUGCCUUUUACAUAGUUGAGUGCAUUGCCAUGAGUAACAGCAUGAUAAACACCAUGUGUUUUGUAACUGUGAAAAACAACACCAUGAAGUACUUCAAGAAGAUCAUGUUGCUCAGAUGGAGAUCAACGUAUAAUGGAAGCAAAUCCAGCACAGAUUUGGACCUGAGAACAAGUGCAAUGCCAGUCACAGAGGAGGUAGACUGCAUAAAACUGAAAUAAAUUUUCUGCAGUUUGAAUCUCAUCUGUUUUGGAGAGGGGGUUAAAGAGGAAAUAAUGUCUCCUCGGAAGCUUCUCCCUUGUCUGUGGGAAUACCCACUAUUGGUGAGAUCCCUCAAAAAGCAGCCUGCAUUCCCACCAGAACUCUUCUCAGUGGACUUCUAGAUAAUACCCCUAACUCUGUGUCUUACAACAUCCCUAAGACUGAUGAUGUGCUUCAGGUCACCCAUCUGUAAAUUUGAGAUGUAGACACUCAUUUUGGAGUUAGGAAGAACAAUAAAGUCUAUGAACGCAUAGACCAUAUUACAACAGCAGAAGAGUUAGGGCUGAUCCCAGCAGUGACGCCUCUCUUUCUUAAGAGAAACCUCUUAAAGCCUUUGAUCUUAUCCCUUGUCCCUUUAAGCUAUUUGGUGUCCUUUUCCUUCUGCUCAGGAGAGGAAGGAUGGCAAAAAAGCCCAUUUGUCACUCUUUAACCUCUAAAUUUACUCCUCAUCACGAAGCUCCUUGAAAUCUACAGACCACCAGCUUCCUAUUGUCCAAUGUGCAGCAUGCUCUUAUGAAAGGCACAUGCUCUACAAAGCUGAAAUCUGCUUCACAGUCUAGUGAAAAACCUCAAGCCUCUUCCUGUGACACCUUGUUUAAGAAUGUCUUAUCACCAUUCCACUCUGUAGUUUUAUGAAGAGUGCUACUCUGUCAUGCAUUUGGAAAUGGCACAGAUACAUAUGGAGGGACCUGUUCCGUUCCCUCACUUCCGGGCACCCUAUGACCAGCUUUUGCUGCACUGAGAUGCUGAGGUCAUCACAGAAUCCAUCACAAAAUUGCACAGGUGGGGAAUAACAUCUCCACAUCGUCUAGCCCACCCCUCUGCUCAAGCAGGUUCAGCUAGAACAGGUUGCCCAGGAUUGUGUCCAGUUGGGCUUUGCCUGACUCCAGGGAAGGGGCCUCCACAGCCUCCCUGGACCACCAGUGUCAGUGUUCAACAGCCCCCACAGUGAAGAAGUGCUUUCUUAUGUUCAGAUGGAAUUUCAUGUAUUUCAGCUUGUCUGUCACUGGGACCUAUAGAAAACAUGUUAGUGAGGAAAAUCCAGAUAGCUGAACCAGGCCCAGACAUCUUAGCAAGUCUGUGUGCACCUCCACCAUGAAGUACAAGGGGGGGCCAAAACACCAAGGAGAUCCCAAGAUGAUCUGUCCUCCUGGGAGCAAGAGAAGCUUCAGCAAGUCAGUCUCUGGUUGAGUUGAAUAGCUUAUUGUCAGGUCAAAUGUGAGGCACCAGCUCCAGAUGAAUUCUGCAUUGCCUCCCCCAGUGCUCCUUUUACUGUUCUGAUUUUGUGUGAACCCAGUUCGGGUGUUUUUAACUGAUAAUCGUGACAAAGCAGGCGACAGUAGCAGUAAUACCUACACAUUUCAACUGCACACAAGAUAUCGUGGACUUUUGUGUAUUGAAAUCAAAUCUUUUCUAUUGUGAUGACAAAUGCUUCCUGUUUUAAAGUAUGUGGCUGCACCUACUUUUGGAGUAAACAGCUUUUGUAAACAACUCUUGUCUAUUCGUGAAUUUAAGUGAGCAGCAAAUCCUGCCAAUAAAACAGUAAAU